UAAAACAAAACGGCUCAGAGCGAGCGGUGAGCGCCACUGUCAAGUAGAUUAGAAAUCAGUUGUGUUUAUAAACUUUUGAAAAUUUGAAAUACUUUAAAAAUUACUGAAAUCAAACAUUUGUAAAUCUUUGCUAUUGUCGACUGUAAAAAUUUGUCUGUAUUUUAUUCACUAGUUAUCUGAUGAGUUUAAAGUAGUGAAAUACUAGUCUAGCCAUGGCUAAAAAUGGAAACGAUGUUAAGAAAGGUAUGAAGAAACCAAGAUUUGCUCCAAAUGGAAAUAGACUACCUGAUCCCUUACCAAAUGGUGUUGUCCUUACUGAUGUAAUGAAACGUCAAUGGAGACUUGGUAAAUCCAUUGGUCUUGGCGGAUUUGGAGAGAUAUAUUUAGCAUCUAACAGCAUUAAGAAAAAGCCUGGUUUAAAUUCUGAAUAUGUUGUUAAAGUUGAGCCACAUGCUAAUGGACCAUUAUUUUCUGAAAUGCAUUUUUAUCACCGUGUUGGUAAGAUUGAACAAAUUGAAGAAUGGAAAGAAAAGAAGAAAUUAAAGUUUUUAGGAAUGCCAAAAUUUAUUGGAUCUGGAUCCCAUGAAUAUAGAGGCGUCAAGUAUCGUUUUAUGGUAAUGGAUCGAUUCGGUGAAGAUUUACAAAAAAAGUUAGAUCGAAAUGACAAAGUGUUUCCUAUGAAAACUGUAUAUACUGUUGGAAAAAUUGUCUUAGAUAUUUUAGAAUAUGUUCAUAGUCACGGCUAUAUUCAUGCAGAUGUCAAAGCUUCAAAUUUGCUAACUGGCUAUGGUUCUGAAAAAGAAAAUGAGGUUUAUCUCAUAGACUUUGGUUUAGCUUGCAGGUAUAUAGUUAACGGUCAGCAUAAAGAAUUGAAAGAAGAUCUUCGGAAAGCUCAUGAUGGCACAAUAGAAUUUACAAGCAGAGAUGCUCAUAUUGGGGCUCAUUCACGAAGAGGAGAUUUAGAAAUAUUGGGUUACAAUAUGCUUCAGUGGCUUUGUGGUCGCUUGCCAUGGGAAGAGAAUCUAAAGGAUGUUGAAAGUGUUAGUAGACAGAAAAGCAUGUACAUGUCUAACAUUUCCUCCUUAAUUAAAAGUUGUUAUAAUAAGAAAGCUCCGCCUCGUGGCAUUACUGAGUAUUUUACUUAUAUUGCUGGCUUAACAUUUGAGGAAGAGCCGGACUAUAAGCAUUGUAGAAACAUCUUAUCUGCUGCAAUAAAAGCUUCAGGAUUUCAAGAUGAUGGUUUGCUUGUAUUUACUUCCACGGAUUUGACAAAGCAACCCCUGCGUAAGGGUCUUAAACGACCUGCAGAAAGAGGGAGUUAUAGUUUUUCACCUCCUGCCAAGUCAAAGAAAUUACACGAUUCAUCUGACAAUAAUGCUUCCCCCAUACCACAGAGGAAGUUGCGAAGAGUUGCCUCUGCAACACAAAGUAUGCAAGCUUCUGGCUCUGGUCAUACCAAUUCUAACAAUUCCUUACAAUUUCUUGAAAAUCCAACUCCUGCUAUGUUAUUAGUAAUGCAACGUAAUUUGGAGCGUCAAAUGCAGAUUUCUAAUUUAUCUAAGACUGGUGUUGUGGAUCAAAAUGGUAUAAAAGCUGUCCUUCUGGCUGAUCUUUGUCCAAGGAGAAGAGCUCGGCCACAGAGAAUUUUAUUGAAUGGAUUCAAAAACAGAUGAAUGAUCUGUUUUAUGCAUACCUUUCAAAUAGACUGCUGUUCAUAUUUGAAUGGAAAGUUUUAGCAUUUCUUUUUGCAAAUUUUAGUUUUUGUGUUGACUUUUAGAAAAUAGCAAUAAAAAGUUAGGACAAUUAUUAUGGAAACUCUCAAAGUCAUCUGUUUAGAAAGACCGACAAUAAAUUAAAAUUAGUUGUUACAGAUUCAUGAAAUAUGUUGUACUAUUCUUAGUUACACACUGGUAAUAAUCCAAGAGUAAACUAAUUUAUAAUUGUUAAAAAGGACUGAAAAAAAUCGACUGAUUUGAAAAGAUUCUCUUCUACUAUCCUUUGUAUAUAAUAGAGAAAAAAAAAUUAGUAUAAUGUAAAUACUCUAUCUAUGUAUUAUAUGAAAUUGUAUAAAUUAAAUUUUUAAUAAUUA